CUCUUAUUUGGUGAUUUCCCCUUUUUUUAACAACAACGACUGGAAAAAUUAAGGCAGCUGUACCUGUAUCAAAACCAGUUUCUGAUUGCUGUAAUAUUCAAAUCGAACAAAUAAAAUGAGCAUAGCAAAUUACAAUGUCAGUUGUAAGCAGCAUUCACAAAUUCUUAUCUGUGUUCAAUCUCACGGUAAUAUAUCUCACACUGACUUCGAGGAAGCAUUAUCCAGAAUUAAAAAACACGAACAUUUAACUGUGGCAGAUGCUGGGCGCAAAAUUAACGUGCGCUUCGAGGUUGAUGUUCCAGCCAACAACAGUGAGUGGGGAUUUUUUCAACCUCAUAGAAGAGUGAUGGGGUUUAUCAUGAUUGCUGGGUGUUCAACUGCAAUGGAUGUCGCUCUUCUUCAUGAAGUAUUUCAAAAGAAAAAAGAAACGUUGGCAGAUUUUAUAUUUGAUGCACGAUGUUUUGUGUUCGGAAUGGAAAACUCAUUGAUACAACAACGAAAUGCAGCAAUGUUGCAAUACCCUGAUGUGAAAACUUGGAAAACCUGUGAUAUAGAUAUAGAGGAGUUUCUUACAUCUGUAUUUUAUGUUUUGGAGUCAAAGAGAUUGCAUAUUGUUGGUGAUAAAUCAGACAAACUACCACUGCUCACAGCUCCAUUUGAGCGUCAACAAGUGUCAUCAUAUGACAGUGAUAGUCGGAGUUAUCGUAAAAAAUGUGCUGGGAGGUGGAAGAAACAUUUGGCUGACAUCAGUUUACUCUCUGGUUUAACAUUAGAUGCUCUUCAGAAUUAUCACUCGGCAUUGGAUAUGUUGGUAUCAGUGAAUGAUCAAGUGUGGGUCGGAGGCGCAUUAGAAGGAUUGUGUGUGACAAGUGCAAUUGUUUGGUAUUCCGAUGAAGAUCACAAUCAAAGUGAAGCUGCCAAUCUUGCAUCAUCAAAACAGGCGCUUGAUCCAAGAAAUCUGGUCAGUUCAAAGAUAUGGAAUUCAGCAACAAUGGCAAAUUUGCUGAAAUAUUGUAUUCAAACACCAGAAGAUUUUGUAGAUAGAUACAAGGAAGCGGUUAUCAACUAUAGCCGGUGUAAGCAUCUGGGAGUUGUUGAGUUGGAGGCGUGUAUCAAAGCAACAAAAGUUAUGGCGAUUAUGAAAAAGUCAAUGGAGGCAUCAGAGUUCUUACAGAAUGCUGUCUAUAUCACAUUAAAUGUGACAGAAGAAGAACGAAUUACUCGAUACAGCAUCGUAGCUGACUUAUACCGAGCAAUUAAUUUCCAUCGAAAAUCAGCAUUUUAUAAAAGAGUUGCAGCCAUGCAGUGUGUGGCUCCUAAUCUUAAUAAACCAAACUGGCAGAAAUGCUACCAACUACUGCAGCAUUCACUGAAGGGCUAUCAUCUUAAUGUACUGGGGGAUGAAAACAAAUCAAGCUUGGACACAGAAUUAUCUGACCAGGUCAAAUAUGGUUGGCCUCAAGUGCGCCUUCGUGUGUUACAUGAGUUGGUGUUCUCGUCAAGACGACUCGGAAAAAAUAAGAUGGCAGUAAGAUACAUGUUGUACUUGCUGAUGCACAUGCACCAACAUCUGUUGGAAACUGAAGAGAAAGAAAUAUGUGCGGGGUUAGAAUCUUUUGCUGGCAAGUCAACGUUACAUGAACAAAGUGAUUCAGACGAUGAUAUUCACAUGCUUUUUAACUUGCCACAAGUUUUAGAAAUUGUUCCCAAACAAUUGUCAUUCUUCGCACAGCCAACGAUUUUACAAGCUGAACAAUCAACAGAUAGUGUUUUCCUCUUUACACCUUCCACAUACCAAUCACUUAAAAGAGUGGAACAACACAUAGAUUUCAAAUGGUGUGUGAAUACUCCUGCUGAGAUUCAACUACAAAUCCACAACCCAUUGCACCACCAUACAUUACAUGUGUCGGAAUUACGUUUGAUUUGUGAAUCUUCAUCUGAAGAUGAAAAGGAAGUUAAUUUCAUUGAAUCUCAUCAAGUAUCACUCGAUAUUUCUCCGAACUCUACAAUUCAAGCAACUUUAGUUGUGGUUCCUAAAAAAAAUGGAACUAUUAAAAUUAAAGGAUAUGAGUCCGUGGUGUUUGGUGUUAGAUCACAAUGUUUGUUUUCUGACAUGAAUUGGAUUCCAAUCAAUUUGUUUGAAGUUGAAGUAACUCCAGCACUACCUAUGUUACAGAGAGAAAUUUCCGACUAUAAUUUGAACUCUGAUGAAAACAAAUGUGAGAUCGAGGUUCAUUUGUAUCCAGGAGAAAUAAAAACAUUAUGCAUCCCAUAUACAAACAUUAGUGAGGUAAAUCUCGAUGAAAUAGAAAUCUUUCUUUCACAACCUGUUGAUACAAACAAACACAACAUAUCCUCUGUUGUAACAACUUCAACGAAAGCAGAGAGGAAAUGUAACUGGUUGAAAUUAAAAUUCAAUAAAGAAGAAUUGAAUUCCCAGCUUCCACUAUUGCCACAAAAAUCGAUUCAGAUUCCUUUUCAAAUUGAAGCUACGAAUGUUGUAACAUCGGAAACAUUUGAUUUGAAAGCUUGUAGCAGUGAAGUGCAGAUUAAAUAUUCGUGUUUAGAGGCAUUGGAGAAGAAUUGGUGUAGAAUGGUGUCAGUGAAGCUUGUGGUUGUGUUACAUCCAUGUUUGCUAAUUACUAAUCUCAAUAUCUCAUCAGCAACAAGACAGCUGAACUACAUUACAACCAUGCAAGUGGAGAAUAUAUGUGAUGACGUUGUUCGAGUAACUUCCUGUAAACUCAACUGUGACAACGUCGUCAAACCAACUCAUCUAACUGGUAUUGAGAAUGGCCACAUUGUAAUUGUUGAUCUUGAUGCAAAUGAUAAGAAGAAGUUGAAAUUUCAAAUUCCAACUUCCACUCUGUGUUCUGCAAUACUUGAAAACAAAUUUGAUCCACUUUCCAUCACAAGUAAUAUCAGUAAUGAUGAUUUCAUACGAGAUAAAUUCAAUAAGGCGAUGUCACUUGAAUGGAGAACAGGAAGUGGUGCAAAAUUGCGUCGGGGAAAGAUAAAUAUCUCAUUGUGCGAGUUUAAUUUGACAAGUUUUGUGAACGUUGUUACUUCACCAAUAUAUUGGGAGUUCUUAGUGAAUGACAUAAUCAUUACAGAAAGUGGAAAAUGUUCUGUUGCUAUAGGAGAACCAUGUCCAGUGACAAUUCAACUAAAAAAUAUCACAGAACACACAAUCAGUAAGUUAGACCUAGAGUUGGAAAUAUUUCAAGACCAAGAAAAUGGUUUUCGUGAAUGGAAUAUGGAAGACUGUGUUGUGUGUAUGGGAUGUCAGGGACAGUACUUCGAACAGGUUGCUCCUGGUUCAUCAAUUGACUUUGAAAUAGUAUUGGUGUUUCUCUUGGUGGGACAGUACAAUGUUCGUUUGAAAAGAAUGUCUGCAAACUAUGAUGGUAUCAGUGACAAGUGUGGUGGUGAAUUGAAAAGGACCAUGUCAAAUCAAUCCAACCCAGAAGUUCUUAGUUAUCGGGAGUUUUCACCCAAAGUUGUUUUUACUGCAGUUCAGAAGUGACGUUUUUUAUUUCAUUGUGCAAUACAAUAAAAUUAUACAAGUGCAAUA